CUGACAGUAUGGCGGCGGGGUGCAGCUGGAAGGAUGCUACUGUCGCCCGUGAUGCGUCUGUCGCCGGCAGGACGUGAAUGGACCUUUGACGGCAGAGAGAGCAGAGGACCCAGCGCGAAAGGCCUGUCGCCGUGAGCUCCGAAGAUGGCCAGGCUCGCCGACUACUUCUUAGUGGUCGGCUACGACCUCGACAAGCGAGUGGAGGGUGAAGGUCAAGGUCGUAUUCUCCAGCGGUUUCCUGAGAAAGACUGGGAGGACAGCCCAUUCCCACAAGGCAUAGAGCUGUUCUGUCAGCCCAGCGGUUGGCAGUUGGUUCCUGAGCGGCAGCCAGCCUCCUUCUUUGUAGCGGUUUUGACGGACAUCAACUCGGAGCGUCACUACUGUGCCUGCUUCACCUUCUGGGAGUGCCUGGACAACCCGCAGCUGCAGAAGGCUGAGGCCAACGAGCUGGACGAGGUAGAUGAAGAUUUGGCCGUCGUCCAAGCAGCGAAGGUCUUUGCCCCGAAGAGCCUGGUGCUGGUGUCCCGACUAGACUACACCGAGGUGUUCAGGAACUGUCUGGGUCUGGUCUACACCAUCUACGUAGAUGGCCUGUCUGCCCCUUUGGAAACGGUGAUCGGGAAUCUCCUCACCUGUAUCAUCCCCAUUGCUGGAGGCUCCCAGACAGAUGAGUCCCCAGUAUGUAGUUUAGAAAAGGUUCCUCAGGCCCUGGCCUGUGACUGGCUGCUGGCCUGUCUCCAGCCGGGCCAGGAGGAGAGAGAGGAGAGAUUGCGGACGAUAACGUUAGGUGCUGGCGACCGGCAAGUUGUCCAGACUCCCAUCAAUGACGCGCUCCCUGUCAGUGGCAGCACGGUGGCCCAGCUCUUCAGACAGCUUGGUAUAGUCAACGUGUUGUAUCUGUUAUGCGCUGCCCUGACGGAACACAAGAUCCUGUUCCUGUCCAACAGCUACCAGAGACUCACGGACGCCUGCCGCGGACUGUUGGCCAUCAUGUUCCCCCUCAAAUACUGCUUCACCUACGUUCCCAUCCUACCUGGAAAACUAAUAGAGGUCCUAAGCACUCCCACUCCCUUCAUCAUCGGUGUCAAUUCGUUCUUCCGCUCCGAAACACAAGAGCUGUUGGAUGUGAUUGUUGCCGACCUGGACGGUGGUACGGUGACCAUUCCCGAGUGUGUGCACAUCUCCCUGCUGCCUGAACCGCUCCUUCAGCAGACACAGACUGUGCUGGCAAUGAUUUUGGAUCCAGAGCUGGAAAUUGCUGAUCAUGCCUUUCCCCCGGUCUCUUCGCAACCCUCUGCACUUAAGAUCCAGGAUAAGGAGAUCCGUGCAGUGUUCCUGUGGCUGUUCGCUCGGCUCUUCCAGGGCUACCGCUGGUGUCUACACAUCAUUCGCAUUCACCCUGAACCAGUGAUCCGCUUCCACAAGGCGGCCUUCCUGGGUCAGAGAUCGCUGACGGAGGACGACUUCCUGAUGAAGGUGUUGGACGGCAUGGCGUUUGCAGGUUUCGUGUCAGAGAGGGGGCCUCCUUACAGAGCCAAUGACCUAUUUGAUGAUCUGGUAGCCAAUGAGGUGGAUCGGAUACGACAAGAGGAGACGUGUCCACACAAAGUCAUGAACCACGUCAAGGAGCUCGCUGAGCAGCUCUUCAAAAACGAGAAUCCAUACCCCGCAGUGGCGAUGCGCAAUGUCCAGCGGCCGACAGAAAACCGACAGAACGAGCCACCGAAUAAGCCGCCCUUUCCUGGGCUGGACGACGUUGCAGUGCAGCUCUUCAUCGACCACGCUACUGCCAAGCUGAAGAAUGCCCCUCCCGUGGUCAAGGUGGAGCUCAAGGCCAUGGUGCCGUCCGGGCCCCCACUGGGAGACACUGUGGAUAGAAACGGACACGUGAUGGCCAACAGCGCCCGCAGGCUGGAGGUGGUCAGGAACUGCAUCACGUACAUCUUUGAGAACAAGAUGCUGGAGGCAAAGAAGCUGAUGCCAGCUGUACUUCGGGCAUUGAAGGGUCGGGCAGCCCGGAUUUGUCUGACCCAGGAGCUCAAUCAGCAUGUCCUGCAGAACCGAGCUGUGCUGGAUGACCAGCAGUUUGACUACAUAGUUCGCAUGUUGAACUGCACCUUACAGGACUGUUCACACAUGGAUGAACAUGGCAUCGCAGCUGCCCUGCUCCCAUUGGUCACAGCCUUCUGCAGAAAACUCGGCGCAGGCAUCACUCAGUUUGCCUACAGCUGUGUACAGGAGCACAUGGUGUGGACCACCAUGCAGUUCUGGGAGGCCAUGUUCUACAGUGACGUCCAGAGCCAUAUCAGGGCUCUGUACCUGGAAUCAGAGGAUGGAGAGCAGCAUAAGAACCUGGAGCAGCAGGACGGCUCGGGUGACGGCAGGGAAAUCAGCGCCCUGGAUCUGGCGUCGGAGCAGAACAGGCUGUGGCCGACACUUAGCAAGGAGAUGCAGACGGAGCGAGUACAGAAGGAGGAGAGCACCGUGUUCAGCCAGGCCAUCCACUACGCCAACAGGAUGAGCUACCUGCUCCUGCCGCUGGACACCAGCAAGAACCGACUGCUGAGGAACACGGGCUUCGCAGACGUGGAGAGCGUUAGCAACAGCUACGUCACAAACAGUAUUGCGGGCAGCAUGGCGGAGAGCUACGACACCGAGAGCGGCUUCGAAGACGCAGAAAGCUCAGACGUGGCCAACUCUGUGGUGCGCUUCAUCAACCGCUUUGUCGACAAAGUGUGCAAUGAGAGCGGCGUGACCAACGAGCACCUUAAGGCCCUCCACACCAUGAUACCAGAUAUUGUUCAGAUGCACAUUGAGACGUUAGACGCAGUCCACAGGGAGAGUAAGAGACUGCCUCCGAUCCAAAAGCCCAAGCUGCUGAGGCCGAUUCUGUUGCCGGGUGAGGAGCUGGUGAUGGAGGGCAUGCGGGUCCACCUGAUUCCCGACGGCCGCGAGGAGGCCACAGGGAUCAUGGGAGGUCCACCUCUGCUUCCUGCCGAGGGUGCCAUCUUCCUCACCACCUACCGACUCAUCUUCAAGGGCACGCCUACAGACCCACUGGUGGGUGAACAAGUGAUCACUCGCUCGUUCCCCAUCGCCUCUCUGACCAAGGAGAAGAGGAUCUCAGUCACUAUACCCAUGGACCAGUUUGUCCAGGAGGGGCUGCAGCUACGCUCCUGCACCUUCCAGCUCAUGAAGAUUGCGUUUGAUGAGGAGGUUGCGUCAGACCUGGCGGAGGUUUUCAGGAAGCACAUGCACAAGCUGCGGUAUCCUCAGCACGUCCAGGGCACGUUUGCCUUCACUGUGGGUCAGAGUGGGAAAAUGGUGGUGGAGCACAAGACCAAGGACAAGAACCAGUCGCUCAAGACACUUUCCAAGAACCUGGUGAAAAGUGCCAAAAGGACCAUAGGUCGGCAGUAUGUGACCAGGAAGAAGUAUUCUCCGCCCACCUGGGAGAACAGAAGCAGCUUCCAGUCCGAGCUGGAUGAAGAUGAAAUCUCAGUCUCAGAGGAUCUGGAACCGCAGAGCUCGCUCACCCUCUCCUCUACCAUGCGCUCGUCCGACAGACAGACCAUGAGCAACGUGGUGGAGCGAGCGUGUUGUCGAGACUACCAGCGCCUGGGUCUGGGCACGCUCAGCAACAGCCUGACACGUUCCAAGAACGAGCCCUUCAGGAUUUCGACUGUAAACCGCAUGUACACCGUCUGCAGGAGCUACCCCGGCUUGCUGAUAGUGCCUCAGAGUAUCCCGGACACGACCAUCCAGAGAAUCUGCCGCUGCUACCGCCAGAACCGCUUCCCAGUGGUUUGCUGGAGGAAUUCGAGAACCAAGGCCGUCCUGCUGCGCUCCGCAGGCCUCCACGCUAAGGGGGUGGCGGGCUUCUUCAAGUCCCCCAACACUCCCAGUACAGCUCCCUCCCAGGCAGAGUCCACGAGUUUGGAGCAGGAGAAAUACCUGCAGGCCAUCAUCAGCUCCAUGCCUUCAUACAGUGAGAACAGCGGCAGGAACACACUCAGCGGAUUCACCUCCACACAUAUGAGCACGUCAGACUCCUCAGAUAAGCUGCGGCCGCCUAAGAUCGGCGCUCUGAUGAAACAGGUGAUGGGAACCAAGGAGGAUGUUCCUGGAACCUUCAGCAGAGGAGCUCUUGGUCAAAGGGCGAAAGUCAUCUCCCUCUCUCAGCCCAAAGUGUCUGUUAAGGCCAGGAACCCUGCUAGAGGUAAAUGGGGCAGUAUCCGAGGCAGCGGGCGUCUAAGUGCCUAUAACCCAGACGUGGGGACGCGUCUGGCUGGGAAAGAGUCUCUGCAGGCCAACGGAGGCCCAAGCGAAGCGUUGUUCCUCCGCCAGCAGAAGGCCUACCUCUACAUCAUCGGAGACAAGUCCCAGCUCAAGGGAGGGAAGCAGGACUCGUUCCAGCAGUGGGAGGUGGUUCCCAUCGAGGUGUGUGACGUGCGGCAGGUGAAGAACAGCUUUAAGAAGUUGAUGAAGGCCUGCGUGCCGAGCUCCCAGACCUCUGACCCCAACAUGAGCUUCCUGCGGUGCCUGGAGGAGUCUGAGUGGAUGGCUCUGUUACACAGGGUGCUGCAGGUGUCCGUCCUUGUGGUGGAGCUCCUCGAUACGGGCUCAUCGGUCAUGGUCAGCCUGGAGGACGGCUGGGACGUAACCACACAGGUGGUGUCCCUGGUGCAGCUGCUGUCCGAUCCCUACUACAGAACCUUUGACGGCUUCCGGCUGCUGGUGGAGAAGGAGUGGCUCUCGUUCGGCCACAAGUUCAGCCAGCGUGGAGCUCAGACGCUGAGCAGCCAGAGCAGCGGCUUCACUCCCGUGUUCCUGCAGUUCCUGGACUGUGUGCACCAGAUCCAUCUCCAAUUCCCCAUGGAGUUUGAGUUCAGUCAGUACUACCUGAAGUUCUUGGCCUACCACUACGUGUCCAACCGCUUCCGCACCUUCCUGCUCGACUCAGACUACGAACGCAUCGAGCUGGGAGUCCUUUAUGAGGAGAAAGGUGGAGAGAGGAGAAGCCCUCAGGUGUGUAAAUCUGUGUGGGACUACAUCGACAGACUCAACAAGAAAACACCCGUCUUCUUCAACUACAUGUUCUGUCCUGAGGACGACGAGGUUCUGCGGCCGUACACCUUCAUCUCCAACCUGAAGGUGUGGGACUUCUACAUGGAGGAGACCCUGUCGGAGGGGCCGUCCUACGACUGGGAGGCGAGGGUCCGGCAGGAGCGCGCGGCAGAGGAGACGCCGGAGAAGCCCGACACCAGCGGGCCCAAGUCGCAGCGGCACAUCGUGUGGCCGUGCUACGACGGCCUGAGUAAGGUGGUGCCCGACGCCAUCACCAAGCUGCUGCAGGACCUGCAGAGUCUGGAGGCGGAGCUCGGUCAAACGUCAGAUAAGUGGAAGGACACGUGGGAUAAAAUCAAGACCACACAGAGGGCGGAGACCAAACUGGAGAGCAAGCCCUCGUUCUCCAGCUCCCUGCUGAUGUCGUCCAACCUGAGCCACCAGCGGCGUUCUCAAGGCGUCUACCUGCAGGAGAGCGCGGGGUCUUCCAUCAACCUGGCCAUGGACUGCGAGGCCAGCGCCACCUCCACGCCUGUCGCCGGUCGGCCGAGCACCAGCACCCUCUACAGCCAGUUCCAGAGCACGGAGAGCGAGAACAGGAGUUAUGAAGGUAUUUUGUUCAAGAAAGGGGCAUUGUUGAAACCCUGGAAACCACGAUGGUUUGUCCUGGAUAAGACUAAACAUCAGCUGAGAUACUACGAGAGCAGGCAGGACAAGGAGUGCAAAGGCGUGAUCGAGCUGGCGGAGGUGGAGUCUGUCAUUCCCGGGACACCGACCAUGGGAGCGCCGAAAAACAUAGACGAGAAGGCCUUCUUUGAUAUCAAGACGACCAAACGAGUGUAUAACUUCUGUGCCCAGGACAGCCUGAACGCACAGCUGUGGAUGGACAGUGUUCAGAGUUGCUUGUCGGACGCCUAGAGCAGAGGCUGGACUCUUAAAACGAGCAAUGCACCCGGGACCCAAUGAGCAGCGCUGCGGUGUCUGGCGGACGUCGCUCUGCCGGACGAUCCCAGUGAAGCGGGGGGGGGAAGCGGAAGGGGCCUUUCACCACUUAAGCUCUGUUUUGUUCGCUAGUGUUGAACUAAUAACCUCGCGUCACAACGUUUCAGUGUUUUUGUUAUAAAAAAAUAUAUAAGAAAAAGGAAAAAAAAAUACAAAACAACCCAGAAGAACCACUUGCUGUCGUCUCACCGAGUAGCUGCAGCCUGGCACCUCCCUGACCGUCUGACCACUAUGUGCGCUGGAUGCCUGUGUGUGCACAAAGGAGCAGCAUGAUGAUGUUUCCAGACCCUCCACCUUUAAACCACAACCUCUCCCUCCUACUAACCCUGCGCACCCUUUGAAAAACACUCCGGGGGAGGAAUGACGGAGCAGCAGCAGCGGCGGCCGCCCAUCACACGACCGGUGACACCGCUCAGGAGAAGUGUGGAAGAUUAACCGACGGGUUGACGGACCAAAAGUAAUCCAGAGGAACAAACGCUCUUUUCUUCCGGUCCUCAGAGGUCUGUGCUCUCUCUCUCUCCGCCUCGCACUGCCUGAUGUAGCCGAUGUAUUUACAAGUCGUAGAGAAGGGGACUGUGUCGAAGCUGCUGCAAGGGGGGGGGGAAGGAGGAGAGGGAGGACACCUCAACGGAUCAUGAAGGAUUUUCCUUUUUUUUUUCCUUUUCUUAAUUUUUCCUUUUCUAAAAUCCCAAAUUUGUACCGGAGCGAUGUGGAUGCUCGUCCUCGGCACACGCCGGUGACGUUAUACUGUGAAAGCCAUGAGUCAGUCGUAGAGAACAAAACCAGUGGAGCCAGCGGGAGAUUAGAAUCAGUCAGGUAUCGUGUCGGUGUUUACAAAAUCCACUUCCCAUCACUCAGCUCUGCUCUUCACUCGUUUUCUCUUUUUUUUGUCGACCACUAACAACAUUCAGAUUUUGAAGGGAUUCAGAAGGAAACAUUUAUUUUAAGUGAUGUCUUUAAAUGUGAGAGGGAUCUGGAAGGAACUUAAGAACAGAGUGAUAUUUUCGGAUGCUCCACAGAGUUAUUGCAGAUUUCAAAGAUGGACACUGACUGUCCUUUUCUGAGAGGAUGUUUGUUACAGGGAAAUGGUGACAUUUUUUAAACCCGAGUCUUAUUCUCAUUAUUUUGAAAUGCUAUCAGUUUGCAGAUGUUUGAAAACGUCAAAGCAAACAAAGUAUUUUAUAGUGACAUCAAAUCAUUUUUUAUUAAAAAGCAGAAAUCUUUUCGUCAAAAGUAAUCAGCCUGAGAUUAGCAACUAUAGCUAACUGCUUAGCUUUAAUACCCGGGACCCACCCCCGGCUUGAUGAGCACUAGCUGUUUGGUAAGCUUAGUUAGCAUGCUACCUGUUUAUCUGGAGCAAGAUUGUACUUCAACUAAAGUUAAUAAAUAUGACAAAAUUGUUCCUAAAGGAUUUAAUUUUUUUCUUGAAUUUACUUAAAAGCAAAUAAAGGAAAUAAGCCUUAUUUGCUAAUUUAGCAUGUACACACCAAAUCAGUCAUUUUAAUAUUAAUGCCUGGAUGAGCAAGUAGCGAGUUCAGUCAGUCAGCAACCACAGUAAAUCCAGGAAGCUAACUUCAGUGUUUAUUUUUCUUUUGGAGACGAGCGUAUGAAAUUAUUUCUGUGAAAUUUUUACGUGGGAAAUUUUGGUUCAUCAGUCGGUCUAAAUUUGAACAGUUUGAGGUGGUGAGUGCAAAGUUGAGCACACAAGUAUGAGAAGAAGACCUCGGAGGAAAAAACCCCUCAUUUCCCUUUAAUGAUGUUGAGACGUGGAGAGUCGGGCUCCAUCCCUGUCCAUGUGGCAAACUAUGAGUGUGACUCGGUUACAUCACCGGUUCACCCGCUUGACGCCGGUGUUUCACGUCAGCACCCCCUACCCUUCAGUGCUGGGACUUGUACAUAGACGAGAUUACAUCAGUUAGUUUGUAGAGAAAUUGAACGUUUAGCUGGAAGCUUCCAAACAUCAAGUCACUUAUUUUCAAUUUUUUACUUUGUAAGCCCCCCCUCCCCACCCCCUUACACCUUUAACCACCCUCCCCCUCCUCACACACACCAACCACUCACACCCACCGUUGUUAACACAAACCCUGCUCAGUAAAAUAUGGUUCUACUGCUGUCUUGUUGAACAUAAAAAUUGAAAUUGUAGAUUUUUUUUUUAUGUGUCUAAUAACUCCUUUGUAUAUACUACUCCAGAUUUGUAUGUAACGUUUAUGGUAGUAAUUUAUUUAACUUGUCUCCUCAGUAAGAAAGUUCCUGAAGCACCACUUUAUUUUUAAAUUAGGAAUUCAAUGUGCCAUUUGUUUAUUUCUGUAUUAAUGUGACUAAUGUUUUUUUUUUUUUUUUUUUAGAUAAUGUACAAGUAAAUCCUCAUUGUAUUAUAAUUUGUUUUUUUAAACACGGUUGUCCUUACUCACUACCAAGCGUCAGUGCAGGAGUGGAGAUGGUGUGUGAGAGAAAGUCUCUGGAGUGGUUUUUAAAGGCUGGUUGGAUUUGACUGUGUUGCUCUCUCACAGCGAUGGGAACUCUGGGUGUGGAUGACAGUCUGAUACAUCUGAACGGACACACGUCUGACCCCUGCUGGGCUCUGCAAAGUAUAACACUGUUGAGCAGGUCAGGCUGCUGAAAUGAUCUCUGUCAGGUUGAAGUCAGAAACUAUUCAAGAUGUGAAUCAAAGAUUCCAAAGUACAGAUUUAUUGAUUUAGUGUCUGUCAAUAUGAUCAUUAAAAAGGUAGAAAACGUAUUUCACUGCCCUCGGCCACCUGUGACCCUAACUAGAGCUGCAGCUAACAUUUACUUUCACAAUCAAAUGUCAGGAUACCACCCAACCAACAGUCCACCAUGUGCUCAAGUUUAACAAACUGUAACUGGAUUAUUUCUUGUCUUUUUUUGCUUGAAAAUGACUCCAAUAGUUUUAAUCGCUAAGUUAAAUGAUCAUGUGAAGUUUCCCGAAAAUGCUGCUAAACCUCCUCCUGGGAACAAUUUAUACAGGCAUCUGACGGUAGCUUCACCAUAUUCUAACUUUUUACUGAAUUUCUAAUGUUAGCCAGUUUCAUAUCUGACAGAAGUGGUUCAUGUUCCAGUCACUAUUUCCUAAUCAUACCCGUCCCAUCGAUUUUAUUCAUGAUGUUAGAAACCAGAUCUUUAGCCGAACCAAAAUCAUUUCAUCUGAUCAUAAAACCGAUUUUGCAGAUGUACCAGAGCAGCAGCCAGAACCAGCAUGUGUGAAGACGUCACGUUCUGACUGUCGUCCACAUCCAGUCUGACCCAGCUCAUCGUUUUCACACUCGUUUACUCAUCUCUCCAUGGUAACAAGUCAACAGCUAAAUUAACCACAGCAAUAUGACAUAAUCCUUUUUAUUUAUUUUGGUUCUUUUUUUUUAUUAGAAAUGACAUUCUGAGCCGGGUUAUGUUGUCAAUCGUGUCAAUAUAGUUUUUAGGAUCCAAAUAAAAGCCGUGGGUUUAAAUGUCCAA